CGUCUUCCGACCUAAGGAGACCACAUCAAACGACCCCAAAGACGGUUAGCAAAAAGGAAAAAAAAAGUGAAAAAAGUGCCUAUAAAUAAAGAAAACAAUUAUGCUCCAUUAGCAAAAUCAGCCACAAACAAACAAGAAAAUCAAAUAAAACUUAACAACUUGGUUAAACAAAGCGUUUUACAAAGCCAAAAAGGAUAUGCUGCCAUCCUCAUAAUGCUUGGAAAAGUGCAACAAUGAAAAUCAAUGACUGAGCAUACAAAAAAAAGAAAAACAAGAAAAACUGUUUUGCCUAACGCUCUAGUGCAUUGAAAAUUUAGCUCAAAUCCUAGGCUGUUGUGCAAAUACGUCCCUAACGGAAGGAAGUGUUAAAAGUUAAAAAGGCGUUUCCUGUUCAAAGUUAUUUCCUGCGGUUAAGUACUUUUUGUAUGUGUGUGUGUGUGAGUGUGAGUGUGCUCAUUCGGUAAUUGUUCUUUCGCUUUAUUUGUUCGUUGCCAUAUACUAUUGCAAAGAAACCCACAAAUUGAGGUUUCCCCCAGAACAAAAAAAAAAACGCAAAAGUGGUUUCCCUCCUUUCGCCAUAGCUUAGCCUUAAACACGAGACGGUUUUGCACCGCUCUUUGAGGGGCACUGUGGUGCCUUGUCUAAAAUGAAAGCCGAACAUUUGGUGUCGGGUAUUUUGGGCCAAUUGAAUACACCGCGUCAUUCGUCAAAGGACGUUCAACGCGACUUGAACUUAACGGAUUUGUCGAAGCCAACGAAUUCCGAUUUGUGGCAACAACAACAACGUCAUCAUCAUCAACAUCACUCUCAUCAACGGCAAGAGCAGCAGCAGCAGCAACAACAACAUCAGCUUCAUCAACAUCAUCAGCACAAGCAUCAUCAAUCUCUGGGUCAUAGGAGGCGCGAUUCUCUUUGUUUAUCGGAUAGGGAGAGCCUCUGCAGCAUCAGCUCAUCGCGUUCCAAAAGGAUUAAAUCAAGAAACGGUUCCAUGAAACCUUUAAAAGGUGGCGGCAUUAAUAAGAAAUCAAGAACCAUGGAUUACACCAAUUAUGCCUAUAAUGAAGCAGUGGGACGUUUAAAGCUGAUGCUGGCCUCAGACUCCUAUUCGCCAUCGAAAACUGCAACUAGUUCCUAUCUGAGGGGUAUCAACGAUGAUUCUGGUGACAAUUAUUCGGAUAAUAUGUCGGCCAUUGAUCGCCCGGUCUAUGCCGAUAUCUCCAAAUAUCUCUCGCCAAGUCAGAAAAAUCGUAUAGGAGUAACACCCACCACCAACACCACUGCUGCUGCCAGUGGGUAUCGCACCAAAAAGGCUCUCGGGGGUUUCUCCUCAUCCAAAGAGAAUUUGGCCAGUGCGGGAAUUUAUCAUUCCACCACAAUGCCCAGCACAGCGGCUUUGUCAAAUCCUACCUCUACCAUAGAUUAUUAUGGUAGUGCCACCACCAAACCCCUUGCUGCAGCACCACCACCCACCGAUAGUGUUCAAGCUCCAGUGGAGAUAUUCAAUUUCAUAGAAAAGCAAGAGGAUUACAUAGAACAGCUGGAGAAGGAAUCCAAAUAUUGUCGCAAUGAGCUAUCGAAUCUGUUGGGCAAGGUUAAGGAUGUCAUCAAUGAGAAUGAACAAUUGACUGAUAUAGCUCGCUCCGAACUGGGUCAUUUGGGCAAUAAGUGUCAUAACGAUAAACUUACCACUAGUCCUUCAUCGGAUUCGGAUGAUUUGUAUGGCAAGUCAAAGGCGAUGACACCACGCGGCAAGAAGGAUGCAAAAAGUCCUCGUUUUGCAGCAGCUCCCAAUAUUGUGUAUGAGGCUAAGAUCAGUGAAUUGGAAGCUGAUCUUAUGCAGGCCCACAUUGACUUGAAACGAACCAAGACAGAGAAUGAGGAACUUAAAAGGAAACUAUCACGCUCUGACCCCUUGGCCUUGGUUAGUGUCUCAAAUUCGGCCUCGAAUUGUGAAGUGCAUCGCAAGCAGAUUGAUUUGUUGCAGAAGGAUAAGUCGGCCUUGGAGGAGACCAUAAGGCAUUUGCAAAAGGCCUUGGAUGAGGCCAAGUCGCAGCAGUACUCACAAAGCUCCAAGCGUUAUAUAAACGAUUUGGUACAAAUGGAAAGGUCCCAGGCUGAGAUGGAGGUGCGCCAUUUGCGUGACGAAUUGGAUCGCCAGCAUGAAAGGGUAAGGGAAAUGCAAAUGGAAAUGGCCCGCCGCUUGGCCGAUGAGAGAUCCAAUGCCGAGCGACGCUACAACAAUCAAGUCGACCAGCUGGGAGGGGAUUUGAGCAGCCAAUGGGAGCAGGUGGCCAAAUUGCAAUUGGAUUUGGAACGCCAGAAACGUUAUGAGGGCGAUCUGAAGCGUGAUCUGGCCAAUCGCAAUUCUCAAAUCGAAGAGUUGAAAAUGGAGCUGCGAGCCAAUCGUUCCACCUUCUUGGCCGACAUGGCCCAGGUGAAUGCCGAGAAACAAUCGUUGGAGCAAGAAAUCACCGCUUUGCGCUUGCAAUUGGAUCGAGCAACCAGAGAGAAUAAAACCGAGGCGGCUCGUCUGAAUGCUGAAAUCAAUUCGUUGCGCCAGCGCUUAGAUAGAGCCGAUGCUGAUCUGUUGCAUUCGAAGCGGGAGGUUUUACGAUUAAACGAUGAAAUAGCGAAUCUAGAGAAAGAGUUGGCCUAUGGAGAGAUGAAAAAUGAAAUAAGGCCCACCAAGAAAGAUCUGGACAAGCGUAUUUCCGAAUUGCAGGAGAAGCAUGCUCAGAAAAACAAAAUUUACGUGAAAUGAAUUCCAAGCUUAUGGAUCGUUUGAAACAGAUCUGGUCGAGUUAUAAAGAUCUUAGUAAUACUCUGCACAAAUAUAGCAGCAGUUCAAUGCAUUUGUC